AUGUUAAUAAGUUGUAGAUCCUUGUGGGUCGGUUGCACCGUUAUUGCAUUUAUAACUAAUAUCGUAUUCUCACAAGGCCAGAACGAAAAUGGAAAAGCACAAAGGGACGUUCUACCAAAUAACUGGAAAGAUGUCUUUGUAGCCGGAUCAGCCGGAAAGCCAACAUUAGGAACUACUGGUGCGACAUGCUGGGCGCGUGGUGGAAUUUGCGUGGAUAUUAGAGAAUGUCCGUGGCUCGUAUUUGAUGGAAAUGUGCCAGGAUGCAUGAAAGACUUCAAGGUCUGUUGCAAGUCGAGGCUACAGACCCCGAGUGUCGGUCACAGGCGCAAAAACAAGAUCAACAAAAUCCCAAUUUUCUCAAAUUUAGAAGAACUUGACCAAGAAGUGCUGUUCACAAUGGACCGAAAUAAUUUUAAAUACCUAGGCAUGGAAGCCUUAACGGAUAAUUAAAAUUGUCUAAAAAUA